CGGGCCAAGUUGAAGAUACGGUAAUUGGGCGCAAUACUAGCCCCGUAAGGACACGGAAAGCACCGUGAGUCGUCGACUUCCGACUUCCAACAGGAAAGGUGAGAAGUCUUUAUAACUCAGUUCUCGGAAUUCCGAUACCUGUGAAAGUGGAGGGUGGAGAAAAUGGUACUGUCGCAGAAGAUUCACGAAGCAUUCAAGGGCACAGUGGAGAGAAUCACAAGCCCUCGCACCGUUUCUGCUUUCAAAGAGAAAGGCGUUCUCAGCAUCAAUGAGUUCAUCAUCGCCGGCGAUAAUCUCGUCUCCAAAUGCCCUACUUGGUCUUGGGAAUCAGGUGAACCUAGCAAGAGGAAGUCAUAUUUACCUGCUGACAAGCAAUUCUUGAUAACUAGAAAUGUUCCUUGCUUGAGGAGAGCUGCAUCAGUAGAGGAAGAAUAUGAAGCUGCUGGAGGUGAAGUUCUGCUUGAUAAUGAGGAAAAUGAUGGCUGGCUUGCCACACAUGGGAAACCUAAAGAAAGCAAAAGUGACGAGGAUGACAAUUUGCCAUCAAUGGAAACAUUAGAAAUUAGCAAAAGGAAUACUAUCCAGUCAAUCUCCUCAUACUUUGGAGGUGAGGAGGAGGAAGAUAUUCCAGACAUGGGAGAGUACGAUGAACCUGACAAUCUCAUUGAAACGGAUCCU